GGCGGGGAAAAUCUCCCACAAUGCUCUAAUAUUUGUAAACAAAGCGAUGUUUCGUAAUCAUUGAAAAACACGUGUGUCAGAAACUUGAAAGCUGAGAAUCUGCAAAGAUGCCAGAAGGACCCGAAUUGUAUAUGUCUGCACAGUUUAUCAACCAAACUUGUAGAAACAAUCUCUUUUCAGGGCAAAUAUUUAAAUCAGCAGUUAGUCGACAGCCAGAUAUUGAUUGGAAUGAAGAAACAUACACAAUAUCUGCUGUGACAAGAGGGAAAGAACUGAAAUUAACAUUACAAUCGAUCACAAAUGAUAAAAAAGAAAAUAAGAAAUGUUCUAAAAAGCAAAACAAAACACUUGACAUUGUUUUCCAAUUUGGCAUGUCUGGUAAAUUUGAUUUUUAUGAAGCAAAUGAACUUCAAAAACAUGCUCAUCUAAAUUUUUACACAAAAACUGAAAAUAACAAAAGCAUUCGAAUGGUGUUGAGUUUUGUAGACUACAGGCGUUUUGGGAAGUGGCAGCCUAAUGGAAACUGGUCUGUGGAAAGAGGACCUUGUGUACUUACAGAUUACAUCCCAUUUAGAGAAAAUAUAUUAAAGAAUGUUGAGCUCUCUGUGUUCAGAAAACCUAUUUGUGAAGUGCUUUUGAAUCAGAAGUAUUUUAAUGGUAUUGGAAACUAUCUCAGAGCUGAAAUAUGUUACAGGGGAGGAAUUCUACCAUUUCAAGAUGCAAGAUCUGUAUUAGAACCACUACUCACCGAAACAAAUGAAGUGAAAAUAAAGUCCGAGAAACCAGAUAUACUACAGCUUUGUCAUUUGUUGCCUAAUGAAGUUAUUAACUUAGGAGGUACAGGUUAUGAUCCAGAAAAUAGAGAUCCUGAUUACUCCAAGUUUACAGAAUGGCUUCAGUGUUACUACAAACCUGGCAUGAAAAACAUGGCUGACCAUAAUAAAAGAACAAUGUGGUAUGACGGUAAUCCAGGGCCAUUAAAACCAUCAGUUGAGAAAGUAAGAAAGAUUAAGAGAAAAAAGAAAGUAUCUGAAGAAGUGGAGAAGACUGUAUUAAAGAAACUGAAAGUAGAAAAAAUAGAACAUGACAUUGAAGCAGAAACUACUGAAAAAUCAAAAAGAACAAGAAAAACUGCAACUGGACCUAUUACACGUAAAAUUGUGACGGAAGAAGAAAGCUUAAAGAAAAGCAAAAAGAAAUCUGCAGCAAAGGCUAAAAAUACAGAUCUUGAAAAGAGCACACUGGAAGCAGCUGGGAAGAGAAGAGCUACAAGAAGAAAGCUAUCUAAAACAAGUGUUUCUGAUACAAGUAUAUCAGUAUCAAGUACUCCAAAGCAUAAAAUGUCAGGAAACACUGUUAGAAGAACAAGACAGGGGAAAAGGAGUUAACAAAUUAAAUGGUUCUAAAAUCAAUUUAAAGGAAGUGAAAAUAUGGAAGAAUUUGAACAAGCUGUUGUCAGACAAUGAUUAUUGUAGUGUAAAUAAUUAAAUUUCUGCAUUUUAUGAGAUCAGACGAUGUAAUGUAAGAGAGUGAUAUUAGUGACUGUCACCAAAACAAAAUAUUAACUUGCCAUGAGCAACCAGAUAAGUUACACUGCAGGAACAGCCUACCCUUCCUGAUGGUCUGAGUGUACUCCAGUUGUAUCUUUAAAUAGAAUAGAAUGUACGACAAAAAAGUGCAUCAUUUAUUAAUGUUUAUUUUAGUAUAUCAGUUGUUACAAUAUUAGAACAUAGUAAAAUAAAUACUAUCAAUUUUUUUGGGGUCAGAUAUACAUAUCUGUAUAAAAUUGAAAAAAAACCCAUAUUUUAAAGAUUUGCAAUAAUGUGCGAUGUAACAAAAAAUACCAAACUGAAACUUCAAUCUUUAGAUACAUGUAUUUCUAAAUUAAAAUUGAAUCAUAUUUGAAUUAAAAAACCAACUUUAAGCUUCAAAAUUCAUGUUUCAUUCAAAUUUCUAUUAGGUUAAAUCAACAUUACAUACAAAAGGAAAUAUGUUGUUAAUGUACUUUUAAAUCUUACUUUUUAUCUCAAAUUGGGUCUUGGAAAUCUCUGGUAUUAGAAAGGGGAUAAACAGAUAAAACAAUAUUAUGAUUUAUCAUAGUCAUUUGACAAUAUGCGAUGUGAUUAAGUUGUAAAUUAUGUGUAUAAAUUCAGAGUAUAAAUGUUAAUUUUCUAUGUGUAUGAAUUGUCAGUUUCAGAUUCACUGUUUUGUAGUACAAAUCAUAGUAAAAACAUUUAUCAACUUUUAUCAUUUUAAAAUCAUGUGCCAAUUUCUUAUUCUCAUGCAUAUUCAAAAUUGCACAGUAGUAAUGCAGUUGAAUAGACAUUUUACUAAUUUCAUGUUUACUGUAUUUUCAUAUAAGUUUUUGUGAUGAAAUCUCAGUCUGAUCAUGUUAAUAAUUUGUUUUUAUAUCCUUGAAAUAAGUUGUGUAAUGUAAAUGAAAUGAAAAAAAAAUAUGAUCUUGUCAUAAGUUUUGUUGGUUAAACAUGAUAAAUGAUGUGGAAUUACUUUUGAUAUCUAGAUACUAUGACUUCUCAGUUAUGAUAGAAGACCCAUAAAUAUAUAUAUAAAAUCGCUUAUAGCCAACCAUCAAUGUAACAGUUUCAAGACAUUAUUUUUACCAAUUUGUUGUUUUUUAUACCUUCAGUAUGUUCAGUUACAGUUAACGUUUCAGUAACAUGUUUUUUUAUGACAAUUUUUUGAAUUUUUAUCAUUUUAAAUGAUUGUCUGUUAAAAUUACUAUGUGGAGCAGGUUCAUGAUUUGGUUUUAUUUUUUUAAUAUGAUUCUGUGAAAUAGCAUGAAUGUAUAGAACCUUAUCUUUCUGUGAAUAAAUCAAUGUGUCAAUAAUUAUGAUAUGCCAUGUAUAUAGUCUGUUGUUGUUUGUGAAUAAAACCUUACCAAUAAAACCUCAA